CAUACUCAACAAACUCACGCCUGAGAAGUUUGACAAGCUAUGCCUUGAGCUCCUGAACGUGGGCGUAGAUUCAAAACUCGUCCUUAAAGGAAUCAUCUUGCUGAUUGUAGACAAAGCCCUAGAAGAGCCGAAAUAUAGCUCACUUCUAUGCUCAGCUAUGUCUGCGCUUGGCAGAGGACGCACCAAACUUUGAUGGCCCUUCAUCUGAGAUCCAAACAUCCAAAAGCAGAGCACAACCUUCAGAAGACUGCUGAUUUCCAAGCUUCAAGAUGAAUUUGAAAACCGCACCAGAAAUGUUGAAAUCUAUGACAAACAUGACAACCCUCUUACUUCUGAGGAGGAAGAGCAGCGUGCCAUUGCCAAGAUCAAGAUGCUUGGCAACAUUAAAUUCAUCGGGGACUUGGCAAAACUCGACCUCAUCCAUGAAUCUAUCCUUCAUAAGUGCAUCAAAACACUUCUGGAAAAGAAGAAGAGAGUCCAGCUCAAGGAUAUGGGGGAGGAUCUGGAGUGCCUCUGUCAGAUAAUGAGAACAGUGGGGGCCGAGACUCGACCAUGAGAAAGCAAAGUCUUAAUGGAUCAGUACUUUGGCCGUAUGCGAUCCUUAAUGAACAACAAGGAGUUGCCCGCUAGGAUCCGCUUCCUGCUCCAAGACCAGUGGAACUGCGAGAAAAACUGGGUCCCCCGCAAGGCUUUCAUCGACAACGGACCAAAGACGAUUAACCAGAUCCGUCAGGAUGCAGUGAAAGUGAGAUUGGGUGUUUUCAUCCCAGCACCCAUGUCUCAGGGGAUGAGGAUGGAUUUCUUCCUGGAAAGCCCCUUCAUGCCCAACAGAAUGAAGCUGGACAGGGAGACUCUCGGGGGAUUGGCUGACAUGUUUGGACAGAUGCCAGGCAGUGGGAUUGGAACUGGCCCGGGGGUUAUUCAGGAUCGGUACUCACCCACUAUGGGACGCCAUCGCACCAACCCUCUCUUCAACGGCCACAGUGGCCACAUCGCCCCUCCACCUCAGUCACAGUUUGACAUGGGGCCCAAGUCUUUUGUUAAGUCCAACCAGGUUCAGAACCAGCAUUUCCUCAACCAGAACCAGAACCACAUCGCCCAGCAGCAGGUCCAGUCCAAGGACAUGCCUCCACGAUUCAGCAAGAAAGGACAGCUCAAUGCAGAUGAGAUCAGCCUCAGGCCUGCUCAGUCAUUCCUCCUCAACAAGAACCAGGUGCCCAAGCUCCAACCCCAGAUUCCUACCAUGAUGCCCCCCAGUGCCCAACCCCCACGCACCCAGACCCCUCCUCUGGGGCAGCCCCCACAGCUUGGCCUGAAGACCAACCCUCCGCCCAUCCAGGAGAAGCCUCAGAAGACGAACAAGAAACCACCUCCUGCCAAGGAGGAGCUGCUUAAGAUGACUGAGGCGAUCAUGACUGACUACUUGAACAGUAAGAACCUGACUGAGGCUGUGAGUGGUGUGCGUGACAUGAAGGCUCCCAAACUUUCCUGCCAGAGAUGCCUCAGUAAGAUCAUCGUGUGCUCCCUGGACCGUCCGGAUGAGGACAAGGAGCACGCCAGCACACUGAUCCACACGCUUCGCACUGAAGGCCUCAUCACUGGAGAGAACUUCAUGCAGGCUUUCCUUAACGUCCUGGACCAGUGCCCUAAGAUCGAGGUGGACGUCCCCUUAGUGAAGUCCUACCUAGCCCAGUUUGCGGCACGGGCCAUCAUCGCAGAGCUGGUGAGCGUGGCGGAGCUGGCUCACCCCCUGGAGAACGGCACCCACUUUCCCUUGUUCCUGCUCUGCCUGCAACAGGCGGCCAAACUGAAGGACCGAGAGUGGCUCACAGACCUGUUCCAGCAGAGCAAGGUCAACAUGCAGAAGAUGCUCCCAGAAAUCGACCAGAACAAGGACCGCAUGCUGGAGAUCCUAGAGGGGAAGGGCCUGAGCUUCCUGUUCCCGCUGCUGAAGCUGGAGAAGGAGCUGCUGAAGCAGAUUAAACAGAACCCCUCUCCACAGUCCAUCUACAAGUGGAUUAAAGACAACAUCUCGCCCAAGCUUCACACUGACAAAGGAUUUGUCAACAUCCUCAUGACCAGUUUCCUUCAGUACAUCUCCCAGGAGCUGUGUAUGGCGGAGGGUGACGAUCAGUUGGCGGCGCCACCCAAAGAGCAGCUGGAGCAGGAGAAACAGCUGCUGCUGGCCUUCAAGCCCGUCAUGCAGAAGUUUCUGCACGACCAUACUGAGCUGCAGGUCAGCGCCCUGUACGCCCUGCAGGUGCACUGCAAUGCCAGCAGCUUCCCUAAAGGCAUGCUGCUGCGCUACUUUGUCAACUUCUACGACAUGGAGAUCAUCGAAGAAGAAGCCUUCCUUGCAUGGAAAGAAGACAUUACCCAAGAAUUCCCUGAAGGAAAAGCAUUAUUCCAGGUCAACCAGUGGCUCACCUGGCUGGAAACCGCCGAGGAAGAGGAGUCUGAGGACGAAGCAGAUUGAGAUAAAAACCAAGCAGAAGUGUCAUGAUGUAGAAGAUCAACCGUAUCUUAUUACACUCGCCUUUCCUUUGAUUAAACUCCGUGCUUCAUUAACCCACUACACGUGGCACUCGGCUGCUUCUGUCUCGCAAAAAAAAAA